AGCCAUCUUAGGAGUGAACAAGUGCCUUCUAUACAUUCAGAAUGAGUACUUUGCCUCCAGUGCUGAUACAGUGUCCAAAGAGAUAUCCCAGCCUCGUAGAGCAGAUGGUUUGCCCUUCAAUAAAACUUGCAAGGAUUCAUUUGAUCAAAGACAAAGAUGCCAUAGAUCAUUAUUUGGCGAUGAAUAUCAAAGGGUUGUCAAAACAAGAGGCUGCUGCUUACAGGAAUUCAUACAAGAAGAACAUCUGCAUAGACAUGCUGCGACAGGGUUAUCACAAGUCCUUCUCUGAGCUCUUCACUCUGAUACAGAAGUGGAAUGCCUUGAGGGAGGCUGCAGGGCCUGGGUCAGCCAUAUGGCAGCAGAAGUCCCUGGAGGAGCAGCCUGAUAAGCUGGAUCAGCUUCACCAUUUCCUGACCAGGGCUGAGGCAGCCCAACGAGCAGAGUACUACGAGGAGGUGUACAAUAACCAACUUAAUUUGGCCUACUGCUUCAACAACACUGAGGACAAAUGGUUAAGGAAUUACUUUUAUGAACAAUGUUUUAGCACCGCCCAGCUAAUCAAAAUCGAUGGUGGGAAAAAAGAGGCUGAAGCGCAUGCAAAUAUGGGCCUUGUCAAUGAGGAACAAGGUCAGUUCAUGAAAGCUGCUGAGCAUUAUGAAACAUUCCAUCAAUUGACACUGGGACGGAUGUGGAAUGAUGAGACAGGCCAUACUUACAACUCACUGGCCUGUGAGCAUCUCUGGAGAAUUUACACAUUACUAGCAGACAAAAUGCUAGAAAAUAAAGAACACCAACAGGCCAUCAAAACUCUAAUAAAAGCUUUUGAAAUGGCAAAAAAAGGAGGUGAUAAGAAGAUGGAAGGAGAAGCUGCCUAUUGCUUAGGGCUAGCCUAUCAUUCUGCUGGAGAAGAACAGACAGCAAUAAUAACUCUGAACACCUACAAAGAAAUCUCCACAGAACUGUGUGAUAUUGUUGGCCUAGGUAGAGCAUAUCAAGCUAUAGCCAAGGUCCUGGUAAGUCAGGGGAAAGUGACUGAGGCUAUUGAGUACUUGGAAAAGUUUGUGACAGUUGCCAAGAGUGCUCAGCUAAGCCGAAGUCUAGUGGAUGCAUGCAUAUCCCUUGGAGAUAUUUACAAUGAAAGAGGGAACUAUUACAAAGCCUGUGAAUAUUUCAAUCAGGCUUUUGAGGCAGCAAAUACUCUAACUGACUUGCCCCUGGUGGAUGAAACAAAGGUUUAUUACGGCAUCGCAAAAGGUCAUAACAUGAUGGUGGUAGUUAACAGUCAUACAGACGCUGCAGAUCACGUCAGCAUUGAGUACCUGCUGGCAUGGAAGGAGAACAGAAGUGACAUGUGCACUGACCCUUUUACAGUUGAGCUUGCUAAAGACACAAGUGGUGUUUUGGAGACCAAUGAACUAUUUCUGCAGACCCCAGUUCAAGAACCUCUAUGAGAAUUCCAGCUCACUCAGAGAAAAAGCUCUGAACCCUUUUGAUGAAGUCAAGAAGAUCCUUAUUAGAAAACAUGCAGAAAAACGUUUGCGUUUCACCUUGUAAUUUUAAAAGGAGCACAGAGUUGCAGUGCAAGUGCCCAGCAACAUUAGGUCCUUAUAUGACUGGUGUCAGGUUCAAUAUGUGUCACGAAGGUUUUUAUCUUAACUACCCUGCAUUGUUGAAAUAAAAUACAAAAGGAAUGGUAGCAUUAUAAAGGAAAACCAAUAUAUUUACCUAUUACAUAAUCUAUCCUACAGUGUACCUCCUGUGAGCACCCUUAACUCCCAUUGAAGUCAA